CCCACCUUUUAUUUUUGUCUACUUAGCUUUGAGCAGCAGCCCAAACUUCUACAGCAGCCAUGGGAGAGGUCGAUCCUGCCUUCAUCCAAGACCUGGAACACAGGCCUAGUCCCAAAUUCAUCGAAGCCGGAGGAAUUCCGUUGAUCGAUCUCUCGGCUGCGAAUUCUCCCGACGCUCUGUCGAACCCCAGCGCGAUCGCCGGCCUCGUUGCCGAGAUAGGCGAGGCGUGCGAGAAUUGGGGAUUCUUCCAAGUAAUCAACCACGGGGUGCCGGCGGAGAUUCGCGAGAGGAUUGGGAACGCGGCGAGGGAGUUCUUCGCGCAGCCGGCGGAGGAGAAGCGGAAGGUGAGGAGGGACGAGGGGCGGGUGUUGGGGUAUUAUGACACGGAGCACACCAAGAACGUAAGGGACUGGAAAGAGGUGUUUGAUUUUAUUGCGAAAGUUCCGAUGGUGAUUCCGGCGUCGCACGAGGCUGAUGAUCGGGAGUUGAAGGAGCUGGUCAAUCAGUGGCCGGAGUAUCCUCCUGACCUAAGGGAGGUAUGCGAAGAAUAUGGAGGAGAAAUGGAGAAACUGGCUUUCAAAUUGCUCGGACUCAUCUCCCUGAGCUUGGGGUUGCCGGCCGACAGAUUGAAUGGUUUCUUCGAAGACCAUACCACCUUCUUGCGGCUGAAUCACUACCCGCCCUGCUCAGCUCCUCACCUGGCUCUGGGCGUCGGCCGCCACAAGGAUGCCGGUGCCCUCACCGUCCUUGCUCAGGACGACGUCGGUGGCCUUGAAGUAAAGCGCAAGGCAGAUGGAGUGUGGGUUUUCGCCAAGCCCACGCCCGAUGCCUAUAUCAUCAAUGUCGGUGAUAUUGUUCAGGUUUGGAGCAAUGAUAGAUACGAGAGUGUGGAGCACAGGGUGAAGGUGAAUCCCGAGAGAGAAAGGUUCUCCAUUCCUUACUUCUUCAACCCGUCUCAACAUGUCAAUGUGCAGCCUCUGGAGGAAUUGACAAGUGAGGAAAACCCUGCCAAGUACGAGGAAUACAACUGGGGAAAGUUCUUUGCCACCCGAAAGCGCAGCAAUUUCAAGAAGCUCAAUGUUGAAAACAUCCAAAUUUACCAUUUUAAGAAGCAAGAACAAUCAGUCUAGUAAUAGAAAAGAAAAAGGAGUGCUAUCUAUCUGUAAUUAAGGAAUAAUAAGCUGUUUCAGCUUCUUGUAUACGUUAUGUUGUAUAUGGUUGUCGCUUUGGGAAGAUGGUGUUUCCAAUGGAGGACAAUAAUGGAUAGAGGAUGGUAUGUUGUAUUUGGUAGUCACUUUGGGAAGAUGGUGUUGGCAAUAAUGGAUAGAGGAUGGUAUGUUGUAUAUGGGGACAGAAAAUUGGGAUUCAGCCCCCUUGGCCUCAGGUCAGCCACUGAUUGUAAUAUAUACCACUAGCUGUAUAUGAAUGAGACAUUCAAAAACUUAUUAUCAA